CAAUGAGUGUCUAAUAAAAGCCUGCUCUCUUCUAUGGCUGUUGCUCUCUCUCUCUCUUUCUCCUAUUUGCCUUUCUCUUUCUCUGUUUUAUUUAUUUUCUUUUCCUCUGUCUGUCUUGCCAACCUACGUAGCACAGCAUGCUCAACAUCAGCAUAGGGAGAUAGAUAGAACACCAAAAGUGAGGCAGAAGAAAAGGACAGAAAUAUGUCUAGCUCUAACAUCUCACUCCGUGUGAAUGCAGCCUGCUGUGUCAUCCAUCAUCCAUCUGUUUGGGGGACAUCUUUGAUCUGUCAAAGAAGAGGAUCUUUGAUUUACCAGAGUUGGAUAUCUUUGUGACCUGUUGAGGAAAAAUCUCUUUUGAAAUCUACUAGAAAAGGAUAUCUUUGUACAGUGGGGGAUCUCUCCUCAUUGUGUAUUUCUAAGGAGGAUAGGAGAGCGUGUGUCCUUCGUGUUGGCCAAGGCAAGGCUCUCGGAAUACUGUAAUGGUUAAAGACUUGAUUCAGGGAUGGCCCCCUUACUACUGAAUUAUCGACAGUACAUGUUGACUGUAGAUACAGGUUCACUAUGCUGACCUUUGCUUUGUCGAAGGCAAAAACAAUAUGACAAAUGUCAUAUGAUAUUGAGCUAUAAAUGCAUUCAACUCAACUUUUCAUCUGCCAAAUGCGUAGGACACCACCCCGUCUUGACGGAACACAACAAAAGAACGACAAGCAGCAGGGUGAGGAAGAAGAGGAGGAAAAAGAGGCGGAAGAGGAAGAGAAGGGAGAAGAGGAGGGUCAUCAUGAUUUGGCUAAAUCUUCUCUAUGCCCGUCCUGUAGGCGUGGUUUUGACGUUGCCCUUCUCCUGCCAUGCUCCCAUACCCUGUGUGGGCGCUGUGUAGGAGGUGGAGAAGGGGCAGGGCGAUGUGUAGAGGGGGCAGGGCAAUGUGUACUGGAUGAGGAAGGGGACGGUGUGUGCCAUGCUUCCCGCGGUGGCACCUGUUCUGCCCACCACCGCUCUACCAGUACGCCUGUGUGUGCUGUGCUGUGCCCUUGCUGUCGCUACCCUGUGGAGCUGCCAUGCUGGGAGUGGGCUUCUGCCACCUGUUGCCUGCCCCCUGACCCCACCCUGACCCCUGGGUGGACAGCCAGUAGUGCUGGGGACCAGGCGGAAGGAGGGAUGAAGGCCUUCUCACAGCUUUAUUUCCAAAAAACAAAAAAGGAAAAGAGAAACCGGAGCGAGUUUUGGAUGCUGCCCCUCUCCAGUAUGCAGACCCGCGGAGCGCUGACUUCCUUGAUGUGCGUGAUGAGUUGCGCGUGGCUGCACUCUGGACUGGCCUCACGGCUGAAGUCUCCCAUUCUGCCCAUCCAGUCGGAGAGGGAGCCUUUAACAUCCAAGGGCAUGUCAGGAUGUUCAUUCGGAGGAAGAUUUUAUUCUCUGGAGGACACUUGGCACCCUGACCUCGGGGAGCCGUUUGGGGUCAUGCACUGUGUCCAAUGUUACUGUGAGACACAAAGGGGUCGUAAGGGUAAGGUGUUGGGAAAGGUGAGCUGUAAGAACAUCAAGCAGGACUGUCUUGAGCCUAGCUGUGAUGACCCAGUGCUGCUACCUGGACAAUGCUGCAAGACCUGCCCCAAAGGCGAUGUGGACAGGAAGCAAGUGGAGGCAAUGUUUGAUGGCUUCGAGUACUUCCAGGAGAAGGAGAAAGAGGAUGACCUGCACAAGACCUACAAUGACCGCUCAUACCUCAGCUCUGAGGACAUUUCCCCUGGGGAGAGUCGCACUGACUUUGUAGCAGUGUUGACGGGAGUGACAGACUCCUGGUUACCCAGCUCCAGUGGUGUGGCCCGGGCACGCUUCUCACUCGCUAGAACCAGCCUGACCUUCUCCAUCACCUACCAGAGGAUCGGGCGACCAAGCAGGGUUGUCUUCCUUGAUUCAGAUGGAAACACUGCGUUUGAGUACAAGACCCCUAAGGGAGACUCAGACAUGAUCUGCGGAGUGUGGAAGAAUCUUCCCCAAUCCCACGUGCGACAGAUACAGGCAGAACAACUUCGGGUUACUAUGACAACAGCCACCGGUAGACGGGAGGUGAUCGAAGGAAAGAUCAUCAAACACAGAGCACUGUUUGCAGAGACGUUCAGCUCCACUCUGACCUCAGAAGAGGAGCAUUCUGGGAUGGGAGGCAUCGCCAUGCUGACUCUGAGUGACACAGAGAAUAACCUUCACUUCGUUCUCAUACUGCAGGGACUGAUACAACAUAGAGAGAGAGACUCCCCCCUGGUGCCCAUCCAGGUACGACUGCAGUACCGCCAACACGUCCUGAGAGAGAUCCAUGCUAACGUCACUGCCUAUGACACAGACUUUGCUGAGGUGCUGACAGACCUGAACAGUCGGGAGCUCUUCUGGUUGUCAAGGGGCCAGCUGGUGAUCACCGUGGAAACUGAGAGCCAGGAACCCCGACACAUCUCCGGCUUCAUCACCGGCAGGAAGUCAUGUGACACCAUCCAGAGUGUCAUGUCCAGUGGUGAUGCAUUGACAGCAGGGAAGACAGGCGGUGUGGGAUCAGCAUUCUUUCAUCUCCAUGAUAACGGCACCCUGGACUACCAGGUCCAGCUAGUGGGGGUAUCUAGCGAGGUGAUGGGUUUGACCAUCGAGCUAAAGCCUCGACGGCGGAGUAAGCGCUCCGUGCUGUACGACCUAACUCCAGAGUUCCACAGGCCCAGCGGGCGGGCAGCUGGAAGCUGGAGCCGUGUAGAGGCGCGUCACAUCCACAUGCUGCUGCAGAAUGAACUGUUCAUCAACGUGGCUACCGCACACAGCCAGGAGGGGGAGCUACGCGGACAGAUCAAAGCCCUGCUCUAUAACGGCCUGGAGGCACCCAGACACGAGAUCCCUGUCCCUCUGGCAGGCCAGUUUGUGGCUCCUCCAGUCCUGACCAGUGCUGGGGGCCAUGCCUGGGUGUCUGUGGACGAGCGCUGUCACCUCCAUUAUGAGAUCGUGGUGGCAGGCCUCAGCAAAGCUGAUGACCUCACAGUCAACGCCCACCUCCACGGAUUGGCUGAAAUCGGAGAACUAGACGAACACAGCACCAAUCACAAGAGACUGCUGACAGGGUUCUACGGUUCUCAGGCCCAGGGUGUGUUGAAGGACAUCAGUGUAGAGUUGUUGCGUCACCUGGACAGAGGGACAGCCUUCAUCCAGGUCAGCACCAAGGUCAACACCAGAGGAGAGAUACGCGGACGGGUCCAUGUGCCUAACAACUGUGAGUUUGGGACAAGGGGUGAGGUGGAGUUGGCGGAGUUUGAUGACCUGUUUGUGCGUGAUCCUGAGGAACUAAAGAAAGACCCCCACACCUGUUUCUUCGAGAGUCAACACCACGCCCACGGCUCACUCUGGACCCCCAACUACAACCACUGUUUCACCUGCAGCUGUCAGAAGCGCACAGUGAUCUGUGACCCGGUCAUCUGUCCAGUCCUCACCUGCUCUCGCACCAUCCAGCCUGACGACAAGUGCUGCCCCAUGUGUGUUGAGAGGAAAAUCCCCAAGGACAUGAAGACUCCAGAGAGGCUAGACGAGCAUCCAGAAGGUUGUUACUUUGAGGGGGACCAGAAGAUGCAUGCUCCUGGGUCUACCUGGCAUCCAUUCGUCCCUCCGUUUGGCUACAUCAAGUGUGCCCUCUGCACCUGCAAGGGGGCGACAGGCGAGGUGCACUGUGAGAAGGUGACGUGUCCAGCCCUGACCUGCAGUCGUCCGGUACGCCGUAGCUCCUCAGACUGCUGUAAGGAAUGUCCGGAGGAAGACAACCCCCCCCUGGAGCACGCUGACAUGAUGCAGGCAGAUGGGACACGUCACUGCAAGUUUGGGAAGAACUUCUACCAGAACAGUGACAACUGGCACCCCCGUGUGCCCCUGAUGGGAGAGAUGAAGUGCAUCACCUGCUGGUGUGACCAUGGUGUGACUAAGUGUCAGAGGAAACAGUGUCCAGUCCUGACCUGUAGUAACAUCACCCGCCGGGAGGGCAUGUGCUGUCCUGAGUGCCAAGAUUCCAAAGAGGAAGAGGAGGAGCUGAUGAAAGUUCCGGAAAAGAAGAACAGCUGGAGACACUGAGCUGAGACGCCUCUCCACCCGCAUCCCCCCUUCUACCUUCUCCUCACCCCCACCAUGACCCCCCUCCCCUCGCUCUCUACCUACCCCCUCAUGGGGAGACCUAGACCUGCACACUGGGUCAGCUAACACCCCCUAAAGCCAAGAUCCCUAUGAUCCUCCUGCCCCGACCCACAACCCCCCCUGUCCACUCUCACCCCUUAGUCAACCUCUGGAUUGUAACGAAGGAAGGAAAGACAAGCAGAGAAAAAGAAGAAGAGGAGCACCAAGGUGUCAUGGAAGAGACUAACUGAAAGAAUGGAAAGAAAGGACCAAAAAGAGAUAUGAAAUGGACUAACAUAACUGCUGCAGCUGUGUCUUUUGACUGGUAUCUCCUUUGAAAUUUGACUUUUUCUGUUGUUUUUGUUUCUUAGUUUUUUUGCUUCCUCUUAAUGAAUAUUACCCUUUCAAAAAUCACACACAAUUACCCUUCAUAUUCGAAUACCGGUACACAAGGUGACACUGUUUGUUGUUUAGUUGUUAAAAUGGAUGUAUUGGUAGUCUUGAUUAGGACUUCUUUCUGUGUGCAUACUCACUUUUGAGUGUGUGUGUGUGUGUGUGUGUGUGUGUGUGUGUGUGUGUGUGUGUGUGUGUGUGUGUGUGUGUGUGUGUGUGUGUGUGUGUGUGUGUGUGCGUGCGUGUGUGUGUAAACAGUGCCACAAGCAUAUGAGGCAGUGAACUUACUGGGUGGCUAGAUGGAAACACACACACAAAACAGACUGAGCAUCACUGACUAUCUCAUAAAUCAGCACCACACAUAUGUUCUCUUAUCCCAUCCAGUCAGCACCAAUAGAACACUUCCGUUGGAAAAGCAUAACAAGAAUCUAUUCUAAUUGCUUACUGAAGAGAUUAGAAUAUACAGUAACAGUACUGAACAUCUGUUUUCGAUUUAUUUGCAGCUCUGACCUGUAUUGCACCGCUUCAUGUGCUCGUCCAUGAUGUUAUCUGUUUCUCAUUUUAUAAUACUUUGUAUUAGUGUUGUUAUUUUUAUGAAUCUUGCUUGUAUUUAUUGAACGUGUGAAGGAAAAAAUAA